AUGUCCCCGAUGAUUAUGGAAAACGACGUUGAGGUGGGAGAGAGUUUGCCUCCGGCGACGGAGCACGCUGUUAGUGUUUCUUUACCUACAUGGCGCGCGAAUGUAGGGUACGAAGAAGGCGAGGAAUGGGUCAUCAGCAAGAUGAAAACCGGUUACCCUAGAUUCUUCAUUCACAAGAUCAUACAGGCUUUUGCCGCAGCUAUUGUCGAGAAGCAUGGGAAAGAAGGUGAGAACGCAAUGCUCUUCCCCACACACGCAACUGCAUCAAGAUGUCAAGAGUUCUUCCUCCGCCAAGCGCCAGACCUAGAUGCAUCGCAAGUCCGGAUCCUAGACUUCCUUCCAGCAGCGGAGAAAGCACGAUCAGAAGAGUUGGAUGUCAUUUCCCCCAAAGUCUCAGCCGUACUUUUCCCACAGGACCGCUUCAGUAUUGCAAAGACGUUCUGGCAACAUUCCGGAGACGGCGUGUCAAGUCGGAGAGCAGAGUACUGUUACCAGCUCUUCAAAGAGGACAUCUUGGUUGAAGCCUCGACACUGAACCAGUCCGCAAGAGUAUGUAAGGGUCCAAAACGUUACCAGAAGAAGACCUCCAUCGACCUAAGCGCCCCAGGCGACUUGAAGAAUGGUAAUGGAGAAGUCCAGGAUCCUACGCAGUUCGUGGAAGAGAGAUUUGGACGAAACUUGAGCCUCACAAAGGCGAAGAAUGCUAAGCUGGCGAUUCGAAGACGCAUCGCCGGAUCAUUGACUGCAGAUGUUGAACUAACCGAAGCCAUGACCCUGGAUCACGAUGCCGCAAGACAAAGGCCAAUCGCAGGUUUCUCAGAAGACGAUGUUUACCUGUACCCCACUGGCAUGAGCUCAAUCUUCAAUGCCCACCGAAACUUACUGCGAGCCAAAGGUUCCCACAGAGCCAUCGUCUACGGGUUCCCCUACAUCGACACGCUGAAAAUCACCGAGAAGUUCGGUCCCGGUUCCCGGUUCUACGGUUUCGGCUCCUCAGAAGAACUAGAUGAUCUGGAGCAGCGACUCCAAGGUGGCGAGCGCUUCGUCGCCCUCUUCACAGAGUUCCCUGGAAACCCACUACUACGCUCCCCGGAUCUAGAGCGCAUCCGCAAACUAGCCGACCAAUACGAUUUCUGCGUCGUAGUAGACGAGACGAUUGGAAACUUCAUCAACGUCAAUGUCUUACAAUACGCAGACGUCGUAGUCAGCAGUCUAACCAAAGUCUUCAGCGGCGACAGCAACGUCAUGGGCGGCGGCCUCGUCCUCAACCCAAAAGCAAAAUCCUACCCCCUCCUCAAACGCACCUGGGCCACCGACUACGAAGACAACCACUGGGCCGAAGACUCAAUCUUCCUCGAGCGAAACUCCCGCGACUUCGUCUCCCGCAUCGACCGCAUCGGCACAAACGCAGAGGCAAUCUGCGACGUCCUCAGCGCCCACCCCCGCGUCAAGCAAGUAAACUACCCCAAAACAUCACCCACCCGCCCCUUUUACGAAAAAUGCAGAAACCCCAAUGGCGGGUAUGGGGGUCUGCUGUCGGCAACGUUUUACACCAAACAGGAUGCGAUUGCGUUUUUCGAUAAUCUGGAUACGGUUAAGGGACCGAGUUUGGGUACGAAUUUUACGUUGAGCUCGCCGUAUGUGAUUUUGGCGCAUUAUGGAGAGUUGGAUUGGUGUAGGAAGUGGGGUGUAGAAGAGGAUCUCAUUCGUUUUAGUGUUGGGUUGGAGGAGACUAGUAAACUGGUCGAUACGUUCAAGAAGGCGUUGGAUUGUAUACCUAGUGCUGGGGGACAGCAGUCGUAG